AUGUAUGGUUUCAAAUCAGUUUUUGACGAAGUUUACGAUUUGAGAGUGAGUUUAAUUAUUUUUCUUUUUUUUUCAUAUAUAAAAAUACGUUAUUUUCAGUUUAAAUCACGAUUUAAAUGCUGUUAUUGCGAGAAAAGUCAUCUUUUUUCCAAAGAUAUUACAGUGAUGUCGAGUGGAAGACGUGAAGCAUUGCGAAAUUGGGUGGAUAUUCUGGGUGGUACAUUUCAAAAAAAUAUAAUUGGAUUGAAACAAAUCACGAUAUGUAGAAGCCAUUUCAAAGAGACAUGGACAAAUAAUCGACCGCUUGAUUUAUUGCCUUUUGCCGAUUUGGGAAGACCUGAUGUUAUUCAAGAAGAUCAGUAUAUGAAAAUGAAAAUGAAAUCGGAAUGUGUGAGUUUUUUUCUUGAGAAAAAUUUCAUAAAUCUGUCGAAUUUUCAGGGUCACUUAUCUCACAAAUGCGCAUAUUGCGGAAAAGUCAAUAAAUUGAUGCAAAUGACAACUGUUCCAACAAAUGAAUUUGUUUUCAAUAAAUGGGUUGCAAUAUUAGGAGACGAAUUCAGGAAAAAUGUGGAGAAUUGUGAGAGAAACAUCUCAGCGAUUUGUAGAACUCAUUUUGAUGUGCAAUUUCGACAACGACCACCAUCAUUGUUGCCAAAAUCAAUGGAAACGCCAGAAAAACAGGAAAAAAGUGUGAAAAUCGAGGAGAAAGAGAAAAAAGAUGAGCCAAAUAUGUUGCAAUGUUGUUAUUGUUCAGAAAUUCGAAAUAAUUUGACGGAAAUGAUUCAAACUCCAAAAGAUACAAAAGGUUUAUUGAGAUGGUCCGAUAUUCUUGGACCGAUAUUUUAUGGGAAUUAUAUGAAGAGAAAGAAUCGAUAUAUUUGUGUGGAACAUUUGAAAAAGGGAUCAAAACGAAUUUUCAAUGAUGAAAUUAUGGAGGAAUUUAGGCAGAAAGAGAGUUUGAAAGAAAAGGAGAAGGAUUUGAUUCCAAAUAUUAUGAAAAAAGAAAUUGAAGUUGAGGAGAAGCCUGGAAUUGAGAAGAUUUUGAUUGAAAAAGAUUGGGAGGAAGAAGUAAAACCAAUGAAAUUCGAGAAAAUCAAACAAGAAAUUCGGAAUUAUAAGGUGACCGGUUUUGUAGUUACAUCGUGA